AUGGAGUUAAGCGAAACGCUUGCAACUAGCACAAGCAGUUUCGCGCAAUUGGCCGAUGUUUGUGCACCGUAUGAACCAUAUACAGCGAUUCGUUUCUCAUUCAUCCUUUGCGCGACAGUGAUUGCAGCUGCUGGGAUUGCAGCGAAUAUUUUAUUGGUUCAAAUAUUUGCAACAAGACAAUGUCCAUCCACUCCGCCUACUCAUUAUCCAUCAGCGAUUGCUGUUCUUGAUGCGAUCAUUUGCACAGUCUACGUGCUGAUAUUCGGAAUCGAUGCCAUCAUCAUCUAUGCAAAAACAGAGAGUCUCUUCGUCCUCUACUACUUAUACAUCAUCCCAGCCUUUGUCGCGAGUCGAAUCGCGCAAUUGGCCAUUCCUCAAAAGCAUUCUUCAGCUACAUGCUCAUUUUUUGCGACUCUCGAGCGUUUUGUUUGGAUAACUGCCGGGAAAACGCGGAGUGAAUUCUUGCAAAAAAUGUAUAGUCGAACGGGUCGCCAGUGGACACUUUUUCUAUCAUUGGCUUUUUGUAUUGUGUCACGAUUGCCGACUUUCUGGGCGCUUAAGGUCGCCGACUACCCGGACUGCCCAAUUUUCCUCCGAACAAAGUUGACAGAGCCAGCUGAUUGGACAAUAGAGCCAACAUUGCUCGCAUCGGGAUACUAUGUUUUUGAUUACUAUUUCUUAUCAUUUGGACAAUCGCUCGUCCCGUUUGUCAUCCUCUUUUUACUCAACGGGGUGAUCGUCUUCAAGUUGCACGAGGAUCAGACAAAGUCGGAGCAGAAGCAGCAAUUCUGCAAGUCGACGCUGAACACGCUGGCGGUUACCUACGGGGAUUACGGUACGGAGACGAAGGCAGGCAGUCGAUCGCAAGAGCUCUGUGUCAUCCAGAAUAAAGAAAAUCCAACCUCGUUUGUCGCUCUGUUCCCAGCAUUGAAAACAAACAGUGUACAGGUUCGAUCGGCAAUGUAUACGAUGCUGGCCAUAGUUACGUCCUAUCUCGUCUCAACCGGUCUACAUUUGAUUUUAACGAUUUUAGAGCGGUCAAAUUCGAGCCUGAUCGUCGACCCAGAGAAUAAGGAGGAGUUCACCACGUUUCACACCAUUUUUUCCGACACCGUCACUUUUGUCUACAUGCUUAG